AUGGUCAGGAUGCGGGUUCCAAUUCGCGAGCAACUGGGCUGCCUGGUGCUGCUGGCCUCGAUGAUCGGCCUGGCUGUCAUAGCUAUUGCCACAUGGGUCACAAACCAUAGCUUCGUGCUCGGUCUACGGUCGACUCGGCUCACACUAACCGCUUCACUCAAGUCGGCUCAACUGUCAUCCAACCUGGCCCUCAUGCAGAUCCUCGUCCAACAAGCAGCCAACCGUCUAGCUCCCCAGUCCGCGCUUGAUCGCUAUUACGAAGGUAACAUCUCCGAUACAAACUGGCAACGAACACAAGAAGACUACGAUGCUGUCUUCUCCGGCGAUGCGAAGACGCGGGUGGCCAUACAGGCUCAGGUGUACGCAGUCAACACGUCCGACCACUCCAUUUUCAACCGCACUGCCCAAAGCGUCAUGGACGUAGUCCUCCCCUUUACAACUCCUAACGGCAAGAAUGCUACAUUAGGCGACCCCGAAUACGGUUUCAUCCCAGAGCUCUACCCCAAAUUCGCCGUCCGCGCCACACCUUAUAACGGGUCAUUCAACACUUACAAGGCCGAAUUUAAUGGCAGGAUAGUUGAUAACACCAGCUACCUGUUCUCAGGCCCGUAUCGCGUUAAUGAGAGCCUCAGCCUAGUAUCAAUUACUCUACCCAUCAUCAACAACACAUCGAAUAUCGAUACCCUGGGAUGGCUGACGGCCGUAUUAGACGCGUCACUUAUAUCCAAUGUGGUCAAUGCGAUGGAGGGUCUCGACAAGAGUGGUCUGACCAUGCUCUUUGGUCCUAAUAACGCCACCAACAACUUCCCUGCUGGAAUACUGUACGAUGUGCCAGAUCCUAAUCCUCCGGACCAUAUAGACGUACGCUUCAUGAUGCCCCCAACAUGGAGACGUGAGAUUUUACGGCAUGGGCAAUACGACACAGCCCUCAAUCCACCACCUUUCGACUGGUCCCGCUUUCCCGCUAUCCGCAAAGGUUUCACUACAGCUACCGGUCUCACUAACAACGCAGGUAGCAUCAUAUCCACCAAAAACGAGGAUGGCGAGAGUGUUGCUGUCGGAUAUGCAGUGGUUAACAGCCCCAUGGUCGACUGGAUGGUUGUGGUUGAGCAGACGCACGCCGAGGUUUGGGGCCCCAUAUAUCAUCUUCGCAACGUUAUACUAGCUUGCGUAUUUGGCACUAUGGGUGCUAUGUUGCUCCUCGCGUUCCCGGUGGCGCAUUACUCUAGCCGGCCUAUCAGACGAUUACGAGAUGCCACCAAGAAGACUGUCGCGCCACAUAUUUUCGAAAAUGAUAGUCUGAGUUCGCAAAAUGAUGGCGGCAAUGAUGAUCAUGACGAGGUGGCUCUUGCUCGCAAAGAAGGAUUCUUCGGCUCCAUCAUCCAUUACCGGCGAAAUCAAAAACUCAGUCGGGCAGAGAAGAGGGACGCGGAGCGGAGGAGGCAAUUCCGCAUCCCGAGCAAAGUCAAGGACCGAAAGCACUUCAUACACGAUGAACUUACCGAUCUUACCAAGACUUUCAACGAGAUGACAGACGAGCUGAUGAUGCAGUACGAGAAGCUCGAGGAGAGGGUGGUGCAACGAACAGCAGAGCUUGAGCAGAGCAAGAAAGCGGCUGAAGCAGCCAACGAAAGCAAGACCUUGUUCAUCGCCAACAUAUCGCACGAACUCAAAACUCCACUCAAUGGCAUUUUGGGCAUGUGCGCAGUCUGCAUGUCAGAAGAUGACCCUACCAAGUUGAGGCGGUCACUAGGCAUCAUAUACAAAAGUGGUGAUCUACUCCUAAACUUACUGACUGAUCUUUUGACGUUUAGCAAGAACCAGGUUGGACAGCAGCUAAAUCUAGACGAAAAGGAGUUUAGGUUACGAGACAUCAGUCAGCAAGUUCUUGCUAUCUUCGAUAAGCAAGCCACAGAGGGUGGAAUCAAAAUGGCCGUCAAAUUCGAAGGCCCAUAUGAAUAUAACCUAGAUGAUAAUGGGCGGCCCAAUGAACGCGGCGACCUGGGACCUUACGGGUUCGGACGACUCAAAGACAUGAUCCUAUAUGGAGAUCAACACAGAAUACUCCAAGUCGUGAUCAAUCUAGUCUCGAACAGUCUUAAAUUCACACCGCAAGGCGGCGCAGUAACGCUUACGAUUCGCUGCGUUGGGGAAGCUGCCAUGUCAGAUAGCCGGAAAGCUUCCUUGCAGUCACGGCAAAGUUCGAUGCGCAACUCGAAGACUAGAUUCAGAGCGACAAGCUCUGAGGUAGGAUCCGUUUCCCUAGCAACCCCGACCAAUUUCGAAACAGCAAAUGUGAUCAACCCGAUGGAAAAGCCAAAUGCAUAUGCGCAGAUCAUGGCCCAAGAAAGGUCGGCAACUCCACCACCAGGGCGGUGGCUAUCAUUCGAAUUCGAAGUCGAAGACACCGGUCCGGGUAUUCCUGACCAUUUGCAUGCCAAGAUCUUCGAGCCCUUUGUCCAGGGUGACCUGGGGCUCAGCAAGAAGUUUGGAGGCACUGGUCUUGGGUUGAGUAUUUGCUCGCAGCUUGCAGGCCUCAUGAAGGGCACGAUCGGGUUGAAAAGUGAGGAGGGGCACGGAAGCGUCUUCACUAUGGCGAUACCCUUAAAGCACGUAACAAGCCGCGCCGACAGUACAGCAAGCUCACACAACAACAUCAUCGAUGCAGGGUCUCCACGCCGGAGUCUGUCGAUAGAUGAGCCGCGGGGCCGUACACACGAGGAUGCACUUUCGACACGUUCGGUACAAUCCGCAACAAGCGGUCCUACCGCCGGUACCACUGCUGCACCCGGCCCAGUAGCAUUCGAAACAGAUUCUAAGCCCCGUCUAGUUGGCUUGAGCCAGCCUUUCUUCGCUUCGACUGCGCCGUUGGAAUCGCCAAACUCGCAAGCUGCUGCAAUGCAACGAGUGGAAGCUGAAGCUACUAAACGCGGAGGCAAAGUCAAGGUGCUGGUUGCAGAAGACAACAAGACGAACCAGGAAGUUGUUUUACGUAUGUUGAAGCUAGAAGACGUCUACGACGUGACCGUGGCGAAGGAUGGUCAAGAAGCACUCGACAGGGUCAAGGAGAGUAUGGAGCAAAGAACCCCGUACAACCUUAUCUUCAUGGAUGUUCAAAUGCCAAAUUUGGAUGGUUUACAGUCGACCCGUCUCAUCCGACAGUCAGGCUUCUCUUCGCCUAUUGUAGCUUUGACGGCGUAUGCCGAGGAAAGCAACGUAAAGGAAUGUCUCGAUUCCGGCAUGGAUUUCUUUCUAUCGAAACCUAUUCGGCGCCCAGCGCUCAAGCACGUACUCAAGACGUACUGCCCUACAAUUCCCGAAGAAGAGGGGGAACCGCCACCACCUCCAGCAACAAACUCAUCCAAACCGAAGGGUAAAUCGAUGCUACCCGCGAUUCUGGGUAAUACCAAUGCCGCAACUGCGCCUGUUACUGUUAUCGCUGGAACAAGCGACCGGCGGCAUGCCGACGAUUCACCAGCUAUAUCGCCUAUGACGUCGAAUUGA